UCUCAUGCCCAGCAUAUAUUGUCCCUUUAAAUGCUGAAGACACCGCAAAACCUGCGAAAUAGGGACCUCUCGACGUACCUGCAGCUGAGUACCAAUUAAGGGUGCAGAAUUAUGUGGUUGUAGGGACACAACUGGAUGCAAACACACACAAAAGUUAGGGAAGUGCUCGUGGAUUCUGUGAUUGCAAAAGAACGAAGCGCUCAUCUGUAUAUUGGCUUAAAAUGGAAUUAAAUCGCACCACCUGCUUGGCCCGGCAAGUAAUCCUGUCAUUAAUUUUGGCGUAAGAAUGUGAAAUUAUUUUUAAUGCACAAGUCCGCGCCACAAAAUUGGUAUCGGCAGAAGAGGCACCUGGUGGGCCCUUGAACGAACAAAUACUAUUGGAAGGAGGAGGAGCGAAACACCUUUCCAUGUGACCACCUUGCAUCUUGGCUUCCAGCAGCAGCAGGUCCAAUGACCCCAAUAAUCAGACCCUGAGAGCAGCGCAGAAGCUAAAGAGCCUGCGUGCAGAACGCGCCGCACGCCAAGCCAAACGGACGGAGGAGCUGCAAUUGUUUUGCAGGCCUUUCUCUACUGCAACGACGUGUGUGUUCCGCCUCGCAAUCAAAAUGCAACGAGUGCGUCGUCGGGUGGCUCGACAUCAAAUCGUGUCCUAAUAAUCUGCGGGUACGCGUGAGAUGGAUUUUGCUGCCGAGGCUAAAUCGAAGUUGCUGAAAUGAGUCGGUGCGACGAGACGCUUGUCGGCGACGGGAUGCAUGAUCGGCUUGUACCUGAAGAAGAAGCAAGCAGUCAAAGGACGUUCAGCGCAACCAAUGCUGCAUUUAACGAAGAGGAACCAACUAGUCAAGUCAACAAUAAACUCUAUGGCGACCAAGUAGGAGAUUUUAAUGCUCGGCACAGUGAUCACGUUGCUACCAACUUGGUGCACCUUCCGAGCCAUCACGUCCCGCGGUCGGCCAGGAGUUUUGUGCGUGAUCCUGGACCCUCGUCGUCUCACUCAGUGGACAGACCGGGCCAUUUACAUUAUUUUCUCACAAGAGCGCCCUCCUUAGUCGAUAUGACCAGAUUUGAUCUGAUGUCAUUAAGCAAGCCCCUGUUUGAUAGCUUCAAUCAAAGCUACGAAACGCCUUCGCUGGAAGCGACAGAUGAGUCAGCCACGGCGGGGCCUUCCGCCCCUGCAGAGGACAGUGCGUCUGUGGCAGGAAAGAGAGAAGAUGAAUUUUUCGAUGUUUCUUUAAAGACUGACGUCACUUCGAUGGACUCAACAUCGUCCAGUGAUGAAGACGUCGAUGUUAGUCCGGACGUGAUUCCGAGAUUUGUGAGGCCUUCAAUGAGGCGGAUAAAACGAAUUCGACUCCCACUUGCCGCUGAAGAGCCACCUGUUGAUCCUUUGCCUCCUCCCUUUAAUUUUGCAACAAGUAACGAAGAAAUAAACUCAACAAUGACAACAGAUUUUGAGGACUCGUACUUAGAUGCUAAUUCAAUUACGGGAGUGGAAACUUUGAGACGAAACGUCUUGGACUCUAGCAUUGAAAGUAAUUUAUCAUCAGCAUCAACUGUGCAAUAUAGUGAAACAAGAAUGCCUGAGUUACCAACCAGCAUUGAAGAGAGGAGAGACACUAGAUCAAGUCAUUAUUCUGUGGAUGAUAUUCCUUACAGUCCCACUGCGACUCCCAGCUCUUUGGGCCAAUGGCCAUUCCAGUUUUGCUUUUCACUGGCCUCAUUUGGAUGUGUGAUAGGGCUUUUCAGCCUCAGUAGGUUUGCAAUUCUCAGCGCUCAGUUUGGCGGCUCAUUCCUAGUGCAGUUUUUGAUCUUGUCAGUUUUAUUUGGCAUCCCAUUGUUCUUAUUCCAUGUUGCACUGGGACACUAUUUAGGAUGUGGAGUUAUCAGCAUGUGGAAAAUUAGUCCAAUAUUUCAGGGCGUCGGCAUUGCUUUGCUGAUAGGCCAAGCAUUCAUUGGAUUCUACGGCAUUGUGGGGAUGUCGUGGCUCUUGGUUUAUCUAAGAGACUCAUUCAUAAGAGGCAGUGACUCAUACCGAUGGGUAUUCCCUUUUACGCCCCACAACGAUUUCUCCAAAAGAGACAGAGGAAAAUUGGAAGAGACUGUAUCUGAUUACUUUAAUGGGGUCGUACUCAAGCGCUUCAAUUUAUACUCAAACGACAGGUCCUUUGGACAUUUUAAAUUUAGCCCAGUUUUCAACCUUGCUGUGGUUUGGAUUGUCGUGUUUUUAACAUUGAGCAAGGGAGUGAAGUCCUACACAAAAGCACUUACUGCCUUGGUGUUUUUAUCUGUUUGUGGCCUGAUUGUUUUCUCCUCUGAAAUUUUUUAUCUGGCCUCAAAAUAUGAACACAGCAUUUUAUCAGAGACCACCUGGGAUGACAUUUUUUACAACGGACAGAGCUGGAUUGCAGCUGCGUCUGAAACUUUCCUCACUUGGGGAAUGAUAGGAGCAGCAACGAUGCAAACUGCAUCUCAUGUAAACAACCGACACAAAAUACUGCGCCAAUCACUUGUGACCAUCGUUGCUGUCAUUGCAUGUCUUGCCCUUGUGGCAUGCAUGGCCGAUGCUUGCACGCAAAUUUUGCUUGGAAGUGGUUUUCAGUAUUUCCACACAUCCUCAUUUGAACUCAUGAGCACUGCUCAAUUUAUGAGAACGGUGGAUCAGCCAGUUAUUGACCCUACAACAAAGUACCUGAUGCACAGUUCGCUAAUGGUGGGAAACAGAGUCAUUGCUCCGAUGACUGCCUCAAAAACUCAAAACUCCAGAAGUGGAUAUCAAGCCAUUCGGCUGGUGACGGAGCUUUUGCCAGCAACGUUUGCCGCCCUUGGAGUGAGACAGAUGUCACCGUGCUGGGCUGUAUUGGCGUUUCUCACCCUAAUAUUUUUUGGUCUCCUGCAGCAGUUGGCUAUAUGGCACUCCGUCAUUAGUGGCAUAAUUUCCAUAAGUUCAAAAAAUCUGAAACCCUGGCGCACAACAAUUGCAUUUUUCACCUGCAUAUUUGCAUGUGUCCUCGGAUUGCCGCUAACGACUGAGCUUGGAAUUUGGAUUGUGUACUUUUUGGACACCAUAGUUGGCAAUGGCUGGUGGAUUGCGCUCCUGCACUGUCUCCUGAUAAUAGCAGUCAUUGUCGUGAGAGGGUAUCCAUACAAUGGAGAAGUUCUGGCAAACGUCCUUUUAGGGGAAGAAUGCACUGUCAAAAAAUUCCUCUCUCCAGUGCUGGCAUUCAUUUGGAGCGUAGCACUUCCUGUUUAUCUUCUAGGCAUGACUGUGCUGCUGUUUUAUUCAAGUGAAAGUGUCAAGUUGUAUGACUGGAACAUAGCCAAGCAAAAUCACUACUGGGAAGUGUGGGCUCGUGAGCUGGGAUCAUGUCUGCAGUUGAUGCCAAUUUUACUUGUGCCUUUGGUAGCAAUUGUGCAAACUUGUCGAUAUCUUUCAAAAGGCCCUUCCGAUUGGCUUGAGCGGCUUGAGCUUUUGUACAGGCCUCCACCUGAAAGACCUUCCAAUCAAAAUAAUAAUAUUGAAAACUUUGUGACGAAUACUCAAGAAGGAAUCGAAAGUUCUGAAGUGCCGUAUGAUCCACCCCCUAAGUACACUCCUCCCCCAUCAUAUUCAACAGCCACUGGAGCUAGGAUUGCUAAUAUUUUGCGACAAAGUUUCCGUCGCAGUAUUCGCAGAAUAUCAGCAAACACGAUUUUCCAGGCGGCAGCUCAAAAUCAAAGUGACGAUCAAACUCUGCCUCCAGCCUAUACAGCGUCAGUGACCAUCGAGAUGCACCAACCUGCCGAAGAAUUGCCAAAUGCAGAGCAGCUGCCUUCUAAUGAGGCUAGCAGUGAGCUACCCUCAGCGAUAAUGCAGUCCUAUGGAGAGAGGUCGCAGACGUUGCCCUCCAGGAGCAAGCAGCUGACCGCGCCGGAGGUUGCCAAAAUUUUGCGCGGCAGCUUUAGAAGAAGUCAGAGGUAUCGGAACCACACGUUGUACCCUUGGGCUCGAAAUGAAAAACCAGAUGAUCAAGGACAGACUGAAGAAAAUGAUAAAUGAAGUGAUGAAAAGCUUUUUUCCCACGCAUUGUAAUAUUUUGUGUUAACAAAAGUGAGCUUGUGUAACGUAAAUAAAAUUGUGCCUUUAGUCGAAUA